AGACGCACACAUGUGACCAUCGUGCUAGCCAGUGCAGUAAGCCAGCUAUCUAGCUAGCAAGAAACGAUAAGAAGUCAUAGCCCCGCAUCGUUUUGCUUUUAAAGAAAGUUACAAUUUGACCAAAUAUGGCUUCUCGAACCUAUGCUAAAUGUGUUAACUGUCAAAGGGCAAUCACCUUGAGGAUAAUGUACAGGGGAUUGUGCAGUGCACUGGCGCAGCCCCAAUCGCAGGCAGACUUCCUAAAUGGUGCACCCCACAGGAAACACCCAGGUUUGAAUAACCUGAAGACCCUGAGCUUGCCCGAGGAACUUCAGAGGGCUGCACAGGCUGUCAUUAAUGAUUCCAAAGUGACCGGACUAGUAGACAGAGCACGUAGUCUUACCAACUUCCUGUGGAGCAGGAAGAGAGCACCCGAGGAUGUUUUCCUGAGGGAAAGAGCCUUGAGCCUGGAGAAAGCUUUGUGGAAGAAGGCGCAGGAGAAAGGAACAGUCAUGGAUAGCGAUGUGCUGGAGACCCAAAUUAGGAAGAAAGUGCUGUCAGAACUGAGGAAGACAACAUAUCGCUGGAGACAGAUGAGUUAUGAUGAGGAGCUGACUGUGAUAUACAUGACUGCUAGGCUGGCAGGUGGCUAUGCUGCCCUAAGAAGAGCUCUCAAUGAAAUUAGGAAAAGAGAUCCCCCCUUCUCACCCUUUUCUCUGCUGGACUUUGGUUCUGGCUUAGGAACAGCUGUCUGGGCCUCACAUUCAUACUGGGGAGACACUCUGAAGGAGAUGGUAUGUGUGGACAGCUCUGGACCAAUGAACACCCUAGCAGAACGGCUUCUCCGAGGAGGCAGUGAACGAGCUGAACCUCACAUCAAACAAGUCUACUUUCGUCAGUUCCUACCCGUUUCUCCUAAGGUGCAGUUUGACCUGGUGGUGAGUGCCUUCUCCUUGUCAGAGUUACCCUGCCAGAUCGAGCGGGAAGAGACCCUGUUUACACUGUGGAGGAAGACCAGCUCUUAUCUGGUGCUGGUAGAGAACGGGACUAAAGAGGGCCACCAGAUGCUGAUGGACGCUAGAAAUAUGCUUCUCAAGAAACAAGAAAAGUCAUCCCAGGACCCCAGAAGACCAUUUGUGUUUGCCCCUUGUCCACAUGAAUUGCCCUGUCCCAAGCUGGCCCAGCGCCUGCCUACGCCCUGCAACUUCACCCAGCUCUACCACCCUCUCCAACUACCAGGAGUCCCAGAUCAACAGACUGAGAAGUUCAGCUACCUGAUUCUGUCAAGGACAGAUCCGGCUGACAUGCAGGGCAGAGCAGAGGGGGUGCGCUGGGCCAGGCUGACGGCACCAGUCCUCCGCAGACCCAGACACGUCCACUGUCAGAUGUGCUCCCCUAGUGGAGAGCUCCAACGACUGGUCGUGACUUCUCACAGACAUGGCAGGGAUGUGUAUCGCUGUGCACGGAAUAGUGAUUGGGGAGAUCAAUUGCCAAUCAUUCAGUCAGAGGUGGACACAAACGAGGUGGACACAAACGAAGAUGUAGACAGAUUAGCAAAUGGGAGUGUCAAUACCAUCCACACUGAAUAACAAAGACACAAAAUAAAAGUCACAGUGCAAUGAAUAGG